AUGGUGUUGGGAUUGAUAAAUGAGAUCCAACAAUAUCUCGAUGCGAGGUAUGUUAGACCUCUAGAAGCUGCUUGGAGAAUAUUUGGUCAUCCAUUGCAUGCUGAGAUACCAACAGUUGUACGCUUAGCACUUUAUUUACCUAGAAUGCACCGCGUUCUUUUUAAUCCCGAUGAAUCAUUAGAAGCAAUUGUUUCUAGAGCUGGCCAACAAAUGUCAACUCUUACUGGUAUUUUUGCAUGUUGCGCUUCUAUGGAAGAUGAAUGUCUAUUCACUUACCAAGAAUUUCCACAACGUUUUGUUUGGCUUAAUUCAGAAAAGAGAUGGAAACUAAGGCAUCAUGGCUAUGCAAUCGGUAGAAUGUACUUUGCUAGCCCUAAUUCUGGUGAGAGAUUUUAUUUGCGUUUGCUAUUAACUGUUGUCAAAGGACCAAAAUCGUUUCAGUGCUUACGUACGCUCAACAAUGUUUUGCAUGAUACGUUUAAAUCAGCAUAUGUUGCAAGAGGACUUUUAGAAGAUGAUGAAGAAUGGAUACAAUGCCUUAAAGAGACUGCAGUUAUGAAAACUGGUUAUCAAUUAAGGAGAUUGUUUACUAUUAUUCUUACUCAGUGCUCUCCACUGCAACCAUAUGCGUUAUGGAAUCAUUUUCAAUGCAUCUAUAAUGAGGCACAACAGGCAGAUGCAGAAAUUAUUAUUGAUCGCCUCAACAAUGAUCAACGAACAGCUUAUGAUGCAAUCACUUCCUCAGUCUUUGAAAAUAAGGGAACUAUUUUCUUUUUAAAUGGAGGUGCUGGAACAGGGAAAACAUUUUUGUACAAUGCGAUUGCAUUGAAGUGUCGCAGCGUUGGCCAUAUUGUUAUUACUGUGGCUUUAUCUGGAAUUGCAUCAUUAUUAUUGGUAGGAGGUCGUACUGCUCAUUCAACAUUUUCCAUUCCGUUGGAUGUAUUGGAAAAUUCAAUUUGUGGAUUUAGCAAGCAAUCAUUAUAA